AUGUCAACGGCAAAAUCAGCACAGCAGCUAUUGAUCAGUCAGUUGUAUUUGUAUCUCAAGAGUAAUGGCCUCGAUGAAACGGCUCAAUCCUUGCUCAAGGAGACUAAACUGACGCAACUUUCCCAACGACAGCAAAAUGAGUUGCUGACAGACGACGAGUUCUUGUACGAAUGGUGGAAUACGUUGUGGAGUAUGCAGAGUUCGAUAAACCCACAGUUAAAUCAGGUGCUCAACGCUUACAAUAUACCGUCUCCGCAACAGCAACUUCUUUUACAGCAGAGGAUGAUUCAGAGACAACAACAACAACAACAACUGCAACAACUGCAGCAACUGCAGCAACUGCAACCACAACAGUUUGAUCUCCACAGGACUCAACAACAGGUGCAAAGUACCCCACAAACGUUUCCUCCUCAACAGUCUCGACCAGGACCUUCAUCGCAGCAAGACAAUUCGUCGGUUCCCCCCACGCCACAGACAGAAAAACCACUGGGGCCUCCUAUAGGCAUCUCACGUCAACCAAGUAAACAGCCGGAGUUGAGUCAGGAUGGACCACUGCGAAAGCGGCCACAGCAACAACAAAAGGGGCAACCACCACAGCAGCGGCAGCAGCAACAGCAGCAACCUCCCCCUCCUCCAUCGCAACAACAACGGAGAAAAUCGAAUGCUAGAGGCAAAAACCAACCGGAUGGCGCCGAUGGGCCUGGUCCUGCCAACUCUCAAAACUCACCUGCAAGCACAAGCUUGUCCAAAUCCAACUCCCAAGCUAGUUCUAACAACUUAAUUCCACCAAACGUAAAUCAGGUACAGCAGCAAGCAAGACUACAACAUUUGAAACAACAAUUUCAACAGCAAGCACUCAUGCAGCAGCAGUUACAACAACAAGCGCAGCUUCAAGCACAGCAAGCUCAACUACGAGGUAUCAAUGUAUCUAGUAGUAAUAAUAUGAACCAAAAUGCCCCAGUUGGUAACGCAACAAACAAUUUGCAACAAUUUACACCGCAACAAGCACCAAGACCACCGUCAUCACAACAGGGCACUGAUAUUGACCGGGCGUCUGGUGCAUACCAAAAUGCCACUCAAAUACAGCCAACACCAAACGCACCCACCACACAACAACCACGACCACCACCACCACCACCGCCGCAACAACAGCAACAGCAACAGCAACAGCAACAGCAACAACAACAGCAACAACAAUAUAUGGAACAAACGCAGGUACCCAAUUCGUUCGGUCAACCUAUAACCAGCGGUGAUCAAAAUCAAGGACCAGCUUCGCAGUCCAAUGCAAAUUUUAAAAAUCAGCCAUCAAUGUCGCAAAGAAAUAUUCAGUCUCUUGACGCUUACCAGAUGACAUUGUUACAGAUGGAGAAUCAAAAUAAUCUACAAAGGCAAAGGUUUUUACAACAGCAACAACAGCAGCAACAACAACAACAAAUACAACAGCCACAGCUGCAGAUAAUAUCAAGCUCCGUACCACAAUCACAAACGCAGAUUGUACCCACUGGUGACGACAGUGGUCAGUUAGACGCGUUGUUUUCAUUAAACCAAACGCUGAAUUUUCCUGUGGGUGGUAUUCCACCAACAAGCUCACAAUCGCAACAGUCACAACAUCCACAACCCAUACCCGUGCCAGCCGGACAAACAGGACCUGUAGGACCCGGAGGCACGAGACCAAAUAUUCUACCAGGACAACAAGACAUACCACAAGAUCAAGUUGCAGGACAAUUGCAAUUAUCAACGGGAGACGGUGUCUUUGACGACUCCAUCUUCCCUUCAAGCACGUUGCUUGAUGAGUUUAAACCUUCGGAUAUUGACGUUGAUCAAGUGUUUGGUGACCAUGAAAUCGGAGUCAACCACAAUCCUACCAAUGACAACGGUGAAGGAAUGAUGGGCCUUGAUUCAAAGUUGGGUGAAGUUGGGGAUACCUUGCGGAAAGAUUGGUUGAGCUCCAUGGGCUCAGGACCAGGUUUUGACUGA